AACCUUCUGCGAGAUGGAAGCAUUGGCCAGAAUCAAGUGAAUUUUGUAGUUAGGAGAAUGCAGAUUCUAACAACUCCGCAGUCAGGACUUGUUGUUAACCACCACGCAAGCAAUACACUGGAAAGCUUUGGCAGAUGGGCGGAGCGGAAUAACAAUCCUUUGGACAACGAUGAAAAUCACUACGAUUAUGCCACUUUAUUUACGAGAUAUAAUAUUUGUAAAGACAAGAACCAACCUUGCGAGACAUUAGGUCUUACGAGAACGCGUGGAAUGUGCAGCUUCCCCAAUUCUGCUAGUGUUGGUCAAGACAACGGUUUGAUGCUUGGAAUGACUCUCGCACAUGAAACAGGACACAGUCUUGGAAUGAACCACGACAGAGGUGCGUGUCCUGAUGGUGUGAACAUCAUGGCAUCUUACCCGGCAGGGAAGCAGUCAGCUUUCCAGUGGUCAGCUUGCAGUAAGAACUACUUGCAACAAUUCUUAAACUCAGAGGAUUCUCGCUGCUUGGAUGAUAACCCAACCAAAACGAAUGUGAUAGAAAUCAGGACUCUGGACAAGCCCGGUAGACUGUAUGACGCCCAUGAACAGUGUCAGCUGGCUUACGGACAGGCUGCUAAGUUCUGUGGAGGACAAAAGUUUAUGGACCAAAUCUGCGUGAAGCUCUGGUGUGAGGUGCCUGGGGGAAGUGGAAACUGCAAGACGGCUGAGAUACCUGCAGCUGACGGCACUCCGUGUGGAGAUAGCAAGGUAACUGUUAACGCGUUAUUCGACCAUUCGAAACGGUUUUUUAGAAAAGACAGGAACUUAGGUCCUGUAAUGGUAACUGGAAUAUAUUUUGUAGCAAGAAAGAAAUGUAAAUGUAUCACAUUUUGUUGUAAGACGGAUAACUUGGGGGAAUUCUGUUCUUGGUUUGGGCUACUGCAAGAGAAACCUGGUUUAUUUAAUGAAGAUGGAACAGUGGGAUUCAUUAAAACGUAUCAUCGCUGGCAGCCUUAAGUACUAAAAAUAGUUGCAAAGAAAUCUCAGUGUUAUCAUCCGCUCCUGA